GUGACUGUGUGUGUGUUUCAUCAAGUUUCUCUCGGGUUUAUUUUUUUGCUCUCUCGACAGUGUAUUGGUGAGAGUUUGGAGAAGUCUUAAGAUCUCAACCCUUUAGUCACUGGAAAGAGGAGACCUGUGACUCUUUUGUUUUUAAACACACACAGACACAGGGAGAAUAUGCACUGACCAAGAAUGGCAUUAACAGUGGCGAGUGACUUGACUGUCAGUGUAGCCUCAGAUCAGAAUGUUAAUAAAUUAACAGACAAACAGGAGGCACUGAAGAAGAGCAUAAAGAAAGGAGACCUCAAAUCAAUAGGGAUUUCCCAGGUCAUGCUUGGAUUUCUGAUCAUCUCUUAUUCAGUGCCACUGCUCUCUGCCAAAAUAACAGAGGUUGUUACGUUUGGCGUGCCGUGGUGGAGCGGCAUAUCUUUUCUCAUUGCUGGUGCUAUUGCUCUUGUAAUGGAUAAACAUGACAGCAUUUAUUCGGUUUUUGCAUGCAUGGCAUUCACAGCGUUGGCUGCAGUCAUCUCAGUCAUUGCCAUAAUUCUUUACAGUGUUGAUAUAAUAAGGAACCCACAAAGUACUUGCAAGUUUAACCCAUCAACUACCUGUGAUGAUUUAUAUUACUCCACGAGAGUCAGCUUAGAAGUGAAGUCAAUUCUCCUAUUCCUCAGCAUGGUGCAGGCUGUCAUCUCCUCUGCUUUCGCAUGUAUUCUGUACAAAGAAAAGAACAGUUCUUACAACUACCUGUUUAUGAAAUAAGGAUGUCCUGUGAACGAAAAAAAAAGAUGGCUCUGGAUUCCAAACAACCAGUCACCACACACCUUUAUUUUUUACAUAUUCCUAUAAUACACAGGCUCAUUUAUUUUAGAUCUAUUGUAUUGUAUAAUGGACAGUAUUAUUUUGAUGCAUUGGAAAUGUAACAUCUUAUACAGUAAGCUACAGUCAGUAAAUAUUUUGUAUUAAGAGUUGCAUUCAAACUGUGUUCUAGAAGAGUACAUUUCAGCUGCAUGCAGAGUUCUGGUCUGUUUAGCUUUUUUUCUUGAAUGUACAGUUCAAGCUUUGUUGUGUCCACUCUUGCAGCUGGUGGCCUUUAACCUUCCAAAAUUCUUCUUUAAGUCCCCGAUGAAUUUCUCUCUCAUAGCAACAGAAAUACUCACUGUAACAGGAAACCGAGCACAAUGUCUGUACAGUUCGCCAAAUCAAGAAAAAAAAAAUGCGUACAUUCAGAUAUUGGCUAACACUUGUUAGCACACCUGUUUUGAGUUGUUUGUCUUUCCUAAAAUGUAUUGAUUUGUCUUUGUAUGGGAAUUUCAGAAAGGAAAAUGUCAUAGGGAGUUUCAUAUAAUGCAUUUACAAUGUAAUAUGUUGUCUAUAUAUUACAAAUAAAAAAGUCUAUAAUUAUA